ACAAAUCUGUAAAGGGUUUGAAGAUUCGUCUAAUAAAAUAAUGUCAAAUAAAAUAUCAAUAAUGCAAAUAAAAUUAAAAAGUGCGCGCGCACGCAGAUUCCCCCUCCACCCACGGGAUCGCGCAAUGUGACGUCAGCGCCUUGACGCGCGGUGAUGAUGGCGGUGCGUGAACGCGCAGUUAAAGUAAUGGCUGCUCCGGAACGGCGGGUGCCUUGUCUCGAUGAUUUCGUGGGCCAAAGCUGGAGCGCCUGGACGGAAAGAGCCAACCUGACAGCAUCGGAGGGGUCCAAUGGAGAUGAAUACAGCAAGAAUGGCAAAACAACGAUGGAAACCAUGACACUGAGGAAAGAGGAUAUGUCCAUCUUCGGUCAUUUUCCUGGGCACGAUGACUUCUAUCUGGUGGUUUGCGGCCAUUGCAGUCAGGUGGUGAAGCCUCAGGCGUUCGAGAAGCAUUGCGAGAGGAGGCACGGCCCUCUGGGUAAGCUCUAUGCACACCUCCGCUCCACCCCACCUCCACCUCAGCAGCAUAGAUCCCGUCAUGGACACACCCCGCCUUCCCACGGAGCCUCCUCUUGGAGUGGCAGGAACCAGAAUGUCGGGCCGCUGUGGGCAUCUCCGCAAUCUCCCUCAACACCGCCUCAGUUCAGACACACGAAACCUCCGAAAGAUGGAGUUUGGCACUCGCCUUCAAACUCGGGUCAUUCAGAAUCGGCUGUUUUUAAGCAGCCCCCUCUUAUCGAACCCACGCGGAGCUCCCCUCCCCCUACUCAGAGAGACCCCCCAUGGCCACAUGGAGGCCCGUCACCCAAUCGGCCUUCCUCAACCGAGAGGCCUCAAUCCCAAAGAGGCGAGGCUGCCUCGGCCCCUGUCGCCUCUGGACACCUCCGUGGGUCGAGGACGUACAAAAUGGUCUCCAAAAAAGAAUGUGACCUUGACAAGCACUGUGGUGUGUUGGACCCCGAGAGAAAGAAAGUUUGUACUCGACUUUUGACUUGCAAUAUUCAUUCCAUUCAUCAGCGCAGGAAGGUGCAAGGCAGGAGUAAAAACUUUGACCAGCUGGUGGCAGAGCUGAAGAUGAGCUCGAAGGCUCGUGAUCGGGUGUCUCAGGCCCCAGAGAGUUCAGCUGCUCCGACUGUAAGCCCAGAACCUCCCAGAGAUUCACCCGCACCGCCUCUCUGCCGGAGACCUCUGACGAACAGCCCUGCAUUUAGAACACCCACAUUGUUUGAAAGUUUGGAGGAGGAUAAACCCCAUGUGGAGGAUGGCAGCACCCGGCCACACUCUCCUCUCACCCAGGCCCACAUCUCAGGUGAUGAGAGCGAAGGAGAGGGGAACGAUGACCUCGCAGACUGGCACUCGACUCCAUGGCAUCCCAAACCAGCCGCGCUUUGUUCAUUUGGGAGUCAUUCUCUGGGUCACGGUGUCUUCACUUUCGAUCGACGGUUGCACCAUCUACGGUCUGCCAUGAGUGUCAUGGUGGAGAACCACCUCAGCGCCCAUCUGUGGAAAAAAAUACCUCAAGCAUCAGAUCCUCACUCCCAGAGUCCCCCAGCCAAGCUUGCAGCUGUUCCUGCCUCUCCUUCCUCCAUUUCCCAGCAUUCCAAACAGAAAGCAGGAAGUUACAACUCAACUUCUCUCAAGACUUCCUUCUACUCUUCCCACGGACCAGGCAAGGAGCCAAACCCGCAGAGUUCCACGACCAGCAAGGCUUACGGUCAGUCUGAGAACUCUGGGGGUGGCCAGUCCACAGCUCCCCCAUCUAAACUCGGUCGAGCUCCCCAGCUUGCCCCUCAGCGGGGGAACUUUCAUCAUGAGUCCAUCAUCUGCCACCCUGCCCUUAUGGCUCCAUCCGACCCCCACCAUCCUCAGCGCCCAUAUGACUGGCUGGCACUGGAGCCGGGGGUGAAAGGAUCUCCUACAGCAUGA